CAAUAGAAGCUCGGUCGGAGAGGCCUGCGGAGCUGCGCUGCGAACAGCAGCUUCCGGCAUGUUCAGCUCAACCCCGAUACUGUCGGCAGAGUGGAGGGAGGGAGAGAGACUCCAAUGCCCAGCGGGCCGUGCGCGGGCGGCGCUUGCGCGAUUCGCGGACGGGGGGGCGGUCGGGCCAUUUAAAUGUGUGUUUGUGGGUGAAAUGGCUGCGCAGGUCGGAUCUGUUCGCGUAGUACGGGCGGUGGCGGCGCCGGAGGAGCCGGACAAAGAGGGGAAGGAGAAACCCCAUGCUGGGGCCUCGCCGCGGGGCGUGAAGCGGCAGCGCCGAGCGAGCAGUGGAGGGUCUCAGGAGAAGCGGGGGCGGCCGAGCCAAGACCCCCCUCUUGCUCCCCCUCAUCGGCGGCGUCGCAGCCGCCAACAUCCCGGGCCUCUGCCGCCGGCGAAUGCAGCUUCAGCCGUUCCAGGCCCUGUUGAGCCUUUGCUCCUGCCACCUCCGCCGCCUCCUUCGCUGGCACCCGCCGGGCCCACUGUCGCUGCCUCGCUCCCGGCCCCGGGCACCUCGGCCCUCUUCACCUUCUCGCCCCUGACGGUGAGCGCGUCUGGGCCCAAGCAUAAGGGCCACAAGGAGCGGCACAAGCACCAUCACCACCGCGGCCCCGAGGGUGACCCUAGUGCCUGCAUUCUUCCAGGCGAUCUCAAGCACAAGGACAAGCAAGAAAACGGCGAGAGGACUGUGGGUUUGCCAGUGAUCAAGGCCCCUAAAAGAGAAACACCAGAUGAAAAUGGUAAAACCCAGAGAGCUGAUGAUUUUGUCUUGAAGAAAAUAAAGAAGAAAAAGAAAAAGAAACAUCGAGAAGAUAUGCGAGGAAGACGCCUUAAAAUGUAUAAUAAGGAGGUACAAACCGUCUGCGCUGGCCUGACCCGCAUCAGUAAGGAAAUCCUCACCCAAGGACAAAUAAAUAGCACUUCAGGAGUUAAUAAGGAGUCCUUCAGGUAUCUGAAAGAUGAGCAGCUGUGCCGAUUAAAUUUGGGCAUGCAAGAAUAUCGGGUACCCCAGGGAGUACAAACACCUUUUAUGACUCACCAGGAGCAUUCUAUUCGUAGAAAUUUCUUAAAAACAGGUACAAAAUUUAGCAACUUUAUUCAUGAGGAACACCAGUCCAAUGGUGGUGCUCUUGUCCUUCAUGCUUAUAUGGAUGAACUCUCAUUUUUGUCUCCAAUGGAGAUGGAGAGAUUUUCUGAAGAGUUUCUUGCUUUGACAUUCAGUGAAAAUGAGAAAAAUGCUGCUUACUAUGCUUUAGCAAUAGUGCAUGGGGCAGCUGCUUAUCUCCCAGACUUUUUGGACUACUUUGCUUUUAAUUUCCCCAACACUCCAGUGAAAAUGGAAAUUCUGGGCAAGAAAGAUAUAGAAACAACCACCAUUUCAAAUUUUCACACUCAGGUCAACAGGACAUACUGCUGUGGCACCUACCGAGCAGGUCCUAUGCGACAGAUAAGUCUUGUUGGAGCAGUUGAUGAAGAAGUUGGUGAUUAUUUCCCAGAGUUUCUUGAUAUGUUAGAAGAGUCACCAUUUCUAAAAAUGACUUUGCCCUGGGGUACACUUUCCAGCCUUCGACUCCAGUGUAGGUCCCAGAGUGAUGAUGGGCCUAUAAUGUGGGUGAGGCCAGGAGAGCAGAUGAUCCCUACAGCAGAUAUGCCAAAGUCACCCUUCAAAAGACGAAGAUCAAUGAAUGAAAUAAAAAAUCUCCAGUACCUACCUCGGACCAGUGAACCCCGUGAAGUUCUCUUUGAAGAUAGGACAAGAGCUCAUGCUGAUCAUGUAGGUCAGGGGUUUGACUGGCAGAGUACGGCUGCUGUUGGGGUUUUGAAAGCUGUCCAGUUUGGUGAAUGGAGUGAUCAACCUCGCAUAACCAAAGACGUGAUUUGUUUUCAUGCUGAGGAUUUUACUGAUGUUGUACAGAGACUUCAGUUAGACCUUCAUGAACCUCCAGUUUCCCAGUGUGUACAGUGGGUGGAUGAAGCAAAACUAAACCAAAUGAGGCGCGAAGGCAUUCGUUAUGCUAGAAUUCAGUUGUGCGACAAUGAUAUCUACUUCAUCCCUAGAAAUGUCAUUCAUCAGUUCAAAACAGUGUCAGCAGUGUGCAGUUUAGCCUGGCAUAUAAGGCUUAAGCAGUACCACCCUGUUGUGGAAAGCACCCAAAACACAGAAGGCACUUCUAACAUGGACUGUAGUUUAACUGGAAAGCGAGAAUUAGAUGUUGACUCCCAGUAUAUAAGGAUAAAAACGGAAUCUGAAGAAGCGUGCACAGACAUGCAGCUUUUGACAACUUCAUCGUCCUGCCCUUCUUCAUCAGAACUUAAACUGCCCCAAGAUCAGAUUGCUCAGCCUGUUCCAGUUUUGAAAGUGGAAAGUAGACUGGAAUCUGACCAGCAGCAUAAUCUGCAGGAACAUUCAAACACUCCUGUGUGAUAUGUAUAUAUUCAGACACAUUUUUUAACUUUUUUAAAUUUUGAUGUGAAGUUAUAGUUUUAUAACUGGCUUAAGUUAAGUUUUAUUGGAGAAAUCUUGCCUAUAAUUCUAUAAAGAGAAAUGACAUUCCACAAAUGUCAAGCAUAUCUUUUUUACACAGAUUAUGCAAAGUUAAAGAGUUGUAUCUUAUCCCGUUAGUACAGUAUGUAAUAGUGGGUCUGCUGCUACUUUGUGUUUUAAGGUGUGAGGUAACAAUUCAAUCUCUUCUUCAAAUCAAAAUGAGAAUUCUCUGGAAUAACAGAUUCUUAUUUGGUAAAUUAUUUACUUCCCUCAAGUUUUAUCUUGCCCUGUCUCAUGCCAUAUUUGCUGUUUUUUUUGAUAGAAGAUGAGAUUUUUGAGUUAGUAUUGUGUCUUUUGACACAUGUUCAGUUUCUUCAGUGAAAAUGGUAUAGGAUGCAGGAAGGAGUUCUGCAUCUUUUACAUGGGCAAGUACAUAAUUCAUUUGAAACAACCACAAAGAGCAAGUUUCUAAGGAAAAUCAGUGACUCUACAGUUUUUUAACAAAAGAGAAAGCACAGCACUUUCUGAUCCAAACGUCUUUUUUUUCCUUUUUUUUUAUCUGUUAUUUGAAACCCAGUGGAUAUUUCAAUUAAAAAAAAUCUAAAGAUGAAUAGUCCUCAGUCAUUCAUUAUUUGUGGUUCAUUAAUCUCUUCUGGAAUAAUAUGGUAACAGUAGAACAUAUUUUGAGUAAAAGAGAUAAUGCUGACAUGAUACUCUAUUGUUCUGCUUCCUAGCAUCCUCACAUACUGUGUGGAUCCUUUAGCUUCCUAAACGCUCAUGAGUAUCAAUCAAGCUUAACAAUAACAGUAUUUCAUGAGGUUGCCAUAUUCUCAGCACCAAACUUUGGAAACACCAUUCUUGUUAUCUGGCAUCAUGCUCUUCAAAGAAAAAUUCACUGUUGAUACACUUAUAAUUUUAACAGGUAAAUACCUGGGUUUUAUUUACAACUUGCUACUCUCUAACAAGGAUUAUGGCACUAGACUUGAUCCUAGAGUUUCAGGUAGUCUAAUGCUUGUGCCUGAGUACUAAUUAUUUUUUAAGGCACUGCUUAAAGCUAGUGUGGUCUUAACUUUCUAUUAUUUUAGAAUGUCAGUGAUACAUAUUUCACUUUCUCUUAGUUGACACAAUAGGCCUUUGAUUUAUUAAAGGAAGAGUAUUCCCCACACCUAAGACCAGAUUCUUGUUAUCUACCUGGUUAUAGUGCAAUUUGAAGUUUUGUUUUUUUUCCUGGAGGAUGAGAUUAGGAACAUUUUUACAUUAACAUAGGCAAAGAAAAGAGAAGAUGCUGCUUUAUUAUGUCUGCCACCAUGAAAAAUUAGCUGCAUCUUUUGAACUAUCAAAUAUGAAUUUUUCUCUAAAAGAUUCUGAAAUAGGUUAAAUCUUAUAUAAAUAUUACUUUGUGCAAUAUUGUUGUGUAGUUAAAUGCAUAUUAGAAAAGUAUAGAGGUCACUGUGUAAACCAAUAGAAAAGUAACCAUCAGCAAAUACUGCAGUGAUUAGUUAGAAUCUGUAUUAUUCCAUAUAUAUAUGUAUAUGUAUGUAUUCUUUGUUACAAAGGAUGAAGACAAAUAGAGAAACAUUUCGAUGUAAACCAUUUAUGAAUUGGAAGUGAUGUUGGUUUUAGUUAUCUUUGUAAAUAAGGUAAUUAGAAUGGUAUGAAAGAUAAUGUGAUUAUUGCAGGGGUGUUUUUAAAUCUUGGGUACAAAUUCUAGGGUAAAUUCUAGUUUAUCAAGACUAGUUUUUAAGGGAACCUGCCUUUGAGGGUGUUUUGUUUUUAUUUUUUGGGAGAAGGGAUUUAUCACAACGUGUGUGGUUUGGGUUAUUUUUUGGUUUUGUUUUUCUGUCCAGAAGAAUUUCAUAGAGCUUUACCAGGCUGUACAAAGUAAAAUUCUUCUCAGGCAACAUUUGCUUUUUAAAAUAAUCAUGAAGAGCAAGGUUGUUAAAGCAAAAACUCUUUUUAUUUUUUAUUGUCUUCCAAGACCCAAUUCCCCCAUCUCCCACUUGCCAUCCAGCAGAUGCCAUCUGUCAUCUAAGCUGGUCAUUGCUAAUAAACAAGGAGACUGUUUCCUGACAGCCAGCACUGUGUAUUAUCACUCAGGAACCAGCGGAUCUGCAAAGACCUUACAAUCAAAUGCUAAUCCCUAUUUUCCUCUUAGAAAGCAUUUACCCUCACCUCCAAUAUAAACACAUUAAAGGAGUAUAAAAAUGUUUAAAAUCAUGUACUAAUAAAUUCAUUGUAUGUUAGAAUUGCAAUAGAAUGGAGAGAGAAACAUUUAGCUAGUAAUGUAUCUGAAAAAUCUGAAUGUCCAUGUGAGUAUUAGAUUUUAAUAGCAUGCUUUAAAGACUGAUUAAUAUAAAAGUGGCAAUUUUGAGUUUUGUACUGCUUUCAAAGAUGUAUCCUAGUUUAGUGAUACAAUGAUUGCAAUUUUUCUAAAUCAUUAAAUUACUUGGUUUGGUGGAGUGAGGCAUGGAGCAAUUUGGCAUCUUCUGAUUUGUAAAGUAGUGAUGGCAGUGCAGUUGUAACUGAAAUUUAAGCUGAUCUUCCUUUUGGUAAUAUCAUCUGUUGUGCCAACUCUUUGAGAUUACUUGCAGAAUGUGGCUAUAAUUUUUAGUAUUUUGUGGAGCUGAGGGAUGUUUUUAAAAUGUGCUUAUGGAAAGGACCCAGUAAAUGAGAAUUCCUAACUUAGUUAACAACUAUGAUGAUUUUAUGGUAUCUAUUUAAAAAGUCUUCCCCCACCCUAGAAGUCAUUCUGUGAUUACCAAGAUAGGCUGUUAAGAUUCUAACUCAUGAGGUAUCCCAAAUUCAUAAAGCAAUAAUAAUAAAACCCUAUUGUAUUAGUUCCUCCUCCAAAGUUUUUAACUUUUUAAAUAUGAACUCCUAGAUGUGAUUAUACUUUUAAUUUGCUUAUUCAAGACUUAGAACUUAAGUGAUGCUUUGCUUUUUUAAAUGAAAAAAAACCUUUUGAGUGCUGUUUUCCUUUAAAUAUAGUUGGAACAUCAGUUGAUUAACAGACACUUACAGGGGCCAAAAUGGAGCUUACUAAAUACUGUUCUUUACUAAACCAUAGGAAAAGAUAUCUUGCCUCAUUUUUAAUAGGCAUAAAGUUCACACUUAAUCCCUGGGAAGACUUAUUUCCUUUCCCUCUAUAAAUACUCUUAUCUAUAAUGCAAGCUAAUAUAGGAACAUGACUCUAAAAUCCAAGAAAGCCCUUGCUGAAUAUGUUCUUAAUCAUUAAUAGUAACUCAUAAUAUUUUCAUCUAUAUUUACCAUUAAAAGUUUAAUUUACAUUUAUACCUUUAGGAUAAUUGAGUCUUGUCUAUUUUAUAAAGAUUACCAAAAAAACCCUUUUCACUAGCACAUGUCAGGAGUUCACAUUUUUGCUAGGUUUUGAUCUUUUUAAAACAAAUUGUACCUAUUUAUUGGUCAUGCAGUAGGUAGAGGAAUGCACAAGAUACAUUUUUUUCUUUAACACCUAAGGGACAUAUCCUCAAACCUGCAAGUUUGUUGCUUUAAAGCAAGUAUCUCUCCAUGAAUAUUAUGGCCUUCCAUUUGCUUCAUACGUUUUUUAGGAUCCACUUGUGCAUGUAGUUGAAGAGACCACCAUCUCUUAAUAUCGCACUUUCAAUUCUCUCUAAAGAAAUACUUAUGUAUACUUCUAUCACAUGUUGUAAAUUUUCAUGUAAUAGUGUUUUCUGUGACUAAACUCCAUUUUGAUUGGCAGCUAAGACUUUUUUCCUGUGGCUUUAAUUUAUCUAAGAGGUCUUUGCAUAUAGAUGAAAUGUAUAAUUUGCCUGGUGGACUAUUUGCGUUGUGUGGCCUUAGUUUGUUUAUUGACAUUAACACGUGUUUUAAAAAAGUUUUUAAUGAAUAGUCUUAAAUCUCAAUUUGUGUGAAUAAUAAUCCUUUUAACACAGUGCUUUUUUUGUAGCUGUCUAAGUGUGUUUAAAUUGUUAAGCUAUUUCUUUGUAAAAUAGGACAAUGGAAUGCAUAGAGGUUUUUUUUCCCUGUAAAGUAUUUUUUUAAUAAACAAAGUCUGAUUUGUCCUUUA